CUAAUUUCAACCCCCCUCCCUCUAUCUAUCUACCUUUGCUUGCAAUGUCUGAUACUUCAAAGUCAAACCUCCAAGACUUCUUUGCCAUCAAAGAUGGUGAAAUGCAAUCUAUGGAGAGAAAAGAGAUCAAGGUUAAUGAAAACCUUAGCUUUCUUUUGACGAGACUUGACAAUCGUUAUUAUGCAACCUCAAAUACUUGCACUCACUAUGGCGCAAAAUUAUCAGAAAGUCCCAUGACAUCAGAAGGUCGUGUAAUUUGCAAAUGGCAUGGUGCCUGCUUUGAUCUAAAGACUGGCGAUAUUGAGGAUGCGCCUGCACUGGAUAGACUUCGUACCUUUGAUGUAUCUGUCAGAGACGGAGGUGUGUAUGUAAAGAUCAGUCAAGAAGAACUCGAGAAUCCCAGACUUCUUCCAAAGUGUGUCAAGCACAACCCAGAAUCAAAGGAAACUGUAGUUAUUCUGGGUGGUGGUGCCAGUGGUUCUGGUGCCGCCCAAAGACUCCGAGAGGAAGGAUUUGACGGUCGUAUUCGUAUCGUGUCUCGCGAAAACUACUAUCCUAUUGACAGAAUCAAGAUCACCAAACAACUUGGUAUCGAUAAUGUUAACUCUAUCCUCUUACGCCCAAAGGAAUUUUGGGACAAUUUGGAUAUCGAAUUUCUAUUAAACACGGAUGUGGUAAAUGUCGAUCCCAAGGCAAAGACUGUGACAUUAGCCCAAGGCCAGGUCUGGUCUUUUGACCAUUUAAUUCUCGCCACAGGUGGCUGGCCUAGAAAGUUUGGUUGGGAAGGAGAGAACCUCAAAAACAUAUUCACAAUCCGCACCGUGGACGACAACCAAAAGGUUUCUAAAGGUGCAUUUACCAAAACAACUCAGCGAAAACCAAAUCUUGUGGUGGUGGGUAGUUCCUUUAUUGGUAUGGAGCUCGUGGCUGCUGCAAACGAAAAAGCCAAUACAACCGUUAUCGGUCAAGACAGGGUACCUUUGGCAAAUGUUUUGGGACCGGUGGUUGGUGAUGCCAUGAAGAGAAGACAUGAAUCCAAAGGUGUCAAGUUUGUCUUGGAUGCAAAGGUCACUGGCUUUAAACACAAAGAUUCUGACACCUCUGCAGUCGGGAGUGUCGCUGUCGAAGGACGUGAUAGUGUGCCUGCAGAUAUUGUCAUCUUGGCAGUCGGUGUUGCUCCUCAGACAAGCUACCUUGAGAAAAGUGGUCUCCCACUAGCUAAAGACAAGAGUCUUCUGGUCGACAGAUACUUUAAAGUACAGGGAAGCGACUCUAUUUAUGCUACAGGCGAUAUUGCUACAUUCACUAAUCGUCUCACUGGUAAACAAAUGCGUAUCGAACAUUGGGCUCAUGCUGAAAACACUGGACGUACAGUUGCAACCAAUAUUGUGAAGAAGAAAUCUGUCGAGUUCAAUUUUGUGCCUUUCUUCUGGACAGUUUUGUUUGGUGCUACUCUUCGCUACUGUGGUUUUGCAAAAUCCUUUGACAGAGUAAUUGUUCAAGGCGAAACAUCAGAUAUUGAAAAGAUGUCAUUUGUGGCCUAUUAUACAAAAAAUAACAAUGUUCUUGCCAUUUCAUCUUACAUGAAAGAUCCUAUUGUGAGUCACUGUGCUGAACUGCUUCGAUUGGGUAAAAUGCCCACAGCUUCAGAAAUCGACAGUGGUGUUAAUCCACUAGAGAUACCCUUGAUCGAGAUAUAAGAUCCAAAGCUUUAAGCCCUUUGGAUAUACAUGUAUUUUAGACAUAUGCGUAUAAUGCAUUCCACUAGUAUUAAGCUAGAAAGUAUACACUUUUGACACAGAAUAUAUAUAAAGAAAAGCUUAUUAUCUAUCUAUCUAUCAUACAUUUCUCUGAACCUCUUCUUUUCUUCUUUUUUAAAUAAGAAAAAAAACUACGUAUUCUUAAAUAUAAAUCUUGGUG